AUGAUGAAACAACAUCUCUCCACCCAACUCAACAAUAACAACAACCACACAGCAUCAACCUAUGAGAGUAGUAAUCAUAAUGGAUUUUCAAGCAGCAGUAGCAUCAUGUCAGGAAAUGGAUUGAUAAAUUCAAAUUCGUCGUCGGUGCCCAUUCAUCCACACUAUCGGGAAUCGCCGUUAAGUAUUCCGAACUCUACAACAAUAUCACCUCACUCCUUUCAGGGCUGGAUGGGAAGUGAGGCCAAUUAUAUGAAACAGAAUAUCGGACAGUCUGCUCUUCAUCAUGCUGACUUGAUGUAUCAACCAACAUUUCAUGAAAACGAUCAUACCAUAGGCCAAUUUCCAGAUCAUUAUGUAUAUAAAGAACAGCUAGGAUUUUCAAUAGAACAAGAAAAACAAAAGCUUCGAGAUAUAGGGCAAUUUAGAGAACGAAUUAAACAAAAAGAGAUUGCCCAAAUACCGUCAACGUCUCCACUGUCGCCUCCCUCCGUAUCAACGCACAAACCUCCACAAUUUUCCUCAUUACAAAAUCAAGAUUUUGAUAGGAAAUUUAAGAAGGAUACAGAUGAAGAGAAAGACCCGCUCAAUUUUGAAUACACAUAUUCGUCACCUUACAUGAUGAACGAAGAAGGAAUUAAGAGUGACGGUAAAAUUCCCGAUGGUGUAUCAAACCAAGGAGGACGAGAAAACUCUGUAGAAUUCUUGUCAAUGAGAAUUGCGGCAUUGGAAGAAAUUAUUGAAAUUCAAAACAAUGAGAUUAAUGAAUUUAAUAACAAUUCCAAGGGAAAAGAUUCAAAAGAAGAUGUGUUAAGGAAAGGAAAACAUUCUCUUCAAAUUUCUUUAAUCAACAAAUGGCGUCACAAAGUUUAUGCCCUUUUAAUACAAAUGAAAAUGAGAGAGAUUGAAUUGGAAAAUGCAAAAAAAGAGUUUCAACAGCAUGAGGCGGACCAUGAAAAAGAAAUUAAGCAGUUAAAAUAUGAACUGACUCUCUCAAAGCACCGAGAAAAGGAUAUGAAAGCAUCGGUUAACUAUUUACAAGAACAACUGAAGCAAGUUGAUACAACUAAAUAUAUGAAAGAAAUUGAUCGACUGAAUCGAGAACGAGAAUUUAUGAAACGAAAAUAUGAACAAGAUCUGAAAUUGCUAAAAGACGACAGGAAUAUGAUUGAAGAACAACAAAAAACGAAACAAGAUGAAACGAAACGAAAAUUCGAAGAACUAAGUAAGGAAUUAGAAGUCGUGCGAAAAGAUUUUGAAACGAAAUGCUCUGAAGUAGAAAAACUGAACCUUUCAUUAGUGAGAGCUGAACAAACCAUAGCCAACGAGCUGUCUGUUGUCAAAACGUUAAAGUCAAAAUUAACAGAUUAUCAACAACAAUCUGAUCGAGAAAAGAACAAUAUGGUAUUCAAUGCAAUAAGAUUGAAGGAUGAAGAGCUCACCCGACUCGAAAUUGAACUCAAUGAAUCAAAGAGUGAAAAUGCAAAAUUAACUUACAAACUUCGACAUUAUGAACGUCUGUUGCAAGCAGAACAAGAGAGCAGACACAAAGAAGAUAAAGAAAAGUUUGACUAUUACGAAAUGAAGCUUGCAGCUAAGGAAGAAGAGCUUAAACAACUGAAGAAGGAGCGAUCUUCUCUCUUACUAACCAUUCGGCAUCAAGAAGAGAUGCUUGAAAACCGAAGAAAGAAAGAAAGAGCUCAGCCCAUUCAGCCAUCAGCAAAUAUUGAUGUCAAGUCAAGUUCAAUCAUUCCACGAGAAUAUCUGUCCAUCUCGAACAAUUUAACCUCUCCCAAAGCGUCACCAAAGCCUCCUAUCAAAGAACCAACAGUUAUGAGUAGCACUACCCCAAAUUCCCAACUAUCAGAAAAGUUGAAAGAUUUAUCCUCUUUGACGAGAAAGUUUUUAGAAAAAUCUUCGCAACAACUGGACGAUGAGUAUCUGUAG